CAUUGAUUUGACAUUUUAUUUUUUUUUAUUACAUGAAUUUUGUGAUUUUACUACUAUCGAAUUGUUGAUUUUUACAAGAAAACCCCAAACAUAAACAAUAAUAAAAUCGGUGCAUAACUUUCUGAAGCAGAGAAAAAAGAAAAUUGUGUUCUGUUUUUACAUUUGGCGAAGAAAAACAAUGCAGUAAAAAAAUAGAUAGUUUGCAGAAACGCAUCAGGAGCAAAAAUAUACUCGAGAAGAAAAUUUUUCCGAGGCAAGGAAGGUAGUGGAAGUGAGCAUUAUUACUGAACUUAUUUGGCGAACGGACAGUUGCUACCCAACAAUAUGCGUUCGCGCAGCAAUUCAGGCGUUCGCCUGGACUACUAUCAGCGCGUGGUGCAUCGCCUGAUUAUGUCCCAUCAGGAACCAGUUACAGGAUUGUUUCCCGCAUCGAAUGUAAAUUCUCAUGCCUGGAUCAGAGAUAAUGUGUAUUGUAUACUGGCCGUGUGGGGCUUGUCAAUGGCUUAUAAAAAAAUUGCCGAUCAAGAUGAAGAUCGUGCCAAAUGUUAUGAGCUGGAACAAAGCUGUGUUAAGCUAAUGCGUGGUCUCCUAAUGGCCAUGAUGAAUCAAAAGGAUAAAGUUGAACGAUUCAAAAUGACACAGAAUCCCUUGGAUUCUUUGCAUGCCAAGUACUCCAGCACCAAUGGCCAACCCGUUGUCGGCGAUGCUGAAUGGGGACAUUUGCAGAUUGAUGCUGUUUCAUUGUAUCUUUUGAUUUUGGCCCAGAUGACAGCAUCUGGUUUGCAAAUUGUAUUCUCAUUGGACGAAGUGUCCUUUAUACAGAAUUUAGUAUUUUACAUUGAGUCGGCAUAUUGUAUCCCCGACUAUGGUAUAUGGGAGAGGGGUGAUAAAACAAAUCAUGGUGAACCCGAACUUAAUGCCAGUUCAAUUGGUAUGGCUAAGGCCGCGCUAGAAGCUAUGAAUGAAUUGGAUUUGUUUGGUGCCCGUGGUGGACCGGCCAGUGUUAUCCAUGUUCUGGCCGAUGAGGCUCACAAGUGUCAAGCUGUAUUACAAUCAAUGUUACCGCGUGAAUCGAACAGCAAGGAAUUGGAUUCGGGUCUGUUGUGUGUCAUUGGAUUCCCUGCGUUUGCUGUCGACGAUCCACAGUUGAUACGCAAUACCAAAGAUGCUAUUUUGCAACGUUUACAGGGUAAAUAUGGUUGUAAACGUUUUCUACGCGAUGGCUAUCGUACACCCAAAGAGGAUCCCAGUCGUUUGUACUACGAGCGUUGGGAGUUGCGUAUGUUCGAGAAUAUUGAAUGUGAAUGGCCGUUGUUCUAUUGUUAUUUGAUAUUGUUUCAUGCAUUUCAAAAUGACAAAAUGUCCGUUAAGGAGUACGCUGAUCGUUUGGAGCAAAUAAUGGUACGAGGCGAUGAUGGAAUUCUAUUGAUACCUGAAAGUUAUGCGGUUCCACCCGAUGCUGUGGCUCAAGAGUACAAACAUCCUGGAUCUGCGCCCAGAGAAGUUGUUGGUCGUUGUCCAUUUUUAUGGGGACAAUCGUUGUUUAUUUUGGGAAGACUAUUGCAAGAGGGUUUCUUAGCUGUUGGUGAAUUGGAUCCCCUAAAUCGUCGUUUGGGUGCUCAAAAGAAACCAGAUGUUGUGGUGCAGGUUGUCAUCAUUGCUGAAGACAAUGAAAUUCGCGAUAAAUUGGCCGAGUCGGACUUGCACGUGCAAACCAUUGCAGAAGUGGCUCCCAUCGAGGUGCAACCGGCCCGUGUUCUUAGCCAUUUGUAUACAUAUUUGGGUAGAAAUCGUAAAUUGGGAUUGACAGGUCGUAAAUCACGUGAUGUGGGUAUCUUGAGUACAAGUAAAUUGUACUCAUUGAAAGAUAGAAUAUUUGCCUUUACACCGCAGCAUAUCGAUUAUGAAGAAUAUUAUACUACACGUGAUCCUGACUUGCUCGCAAGUAAUUUCACCACCAAUUUAGCUUUCCUAACAAAUAAUUGGCGUCAUAUGUUAGGAAGACCUACCAUAACUUUAAUGGCAACACAUUAUAUGCUAGACCAAGACAAAAUACCCUUGGCCAUGAUUCAGACAAUGCGUAAAUUAAAAUCUGGCUAUAUUAACGGCACACGUGUGAUGUUGGGUAAUCUAAAGGAUUUCCUCAACACCUCAGCCAUUACGGAUCUAAGUUUCUUGGGCAGUACCGAAGACGGCUAUCCAGAUCGUUUACAUCCGGAUGUUCAAACCUAUUUGGAUGAACAUUUGUUGCGUUCGUUUAGUCAUCGUAAUAUGAUGAACUUAAGAGCUGGCCAGUUGAGGCCACGACAACUGCGCAGGCGUAUGUCAUGCAAGGGUGCCAUUAAGAAAACACGCUCAAUUAAUGUUGAUUCGGAUACCCUGGGCAUGGAGGGACCGACUCCAUUGACCGAAAGACGUUUAUCUUCAAUAAUUGCCCCACCCUGGUUGCAGGCAAAUAAACAGGCUCACGCCAGCACAUUUGCCAUAACACCCGAGGAAGCUCCCAGUAACACUACCAGUUCGGAUGUUUUGAUUCGGGAAAAUAUCUAUCCCAUUGAUAUAAAUCACAGCCGUUCGUCGAUGGAGAAACGCAUACAAAAUGUUCCCAAAAUUCUUGUACAACGUCAUCGUACCGAUACCAAUUUCGCCGACACAGAGGUUGAGGAGUUAAUUGCAAUGUUAAGGGAAACUGAAAAUCUGGAAGAACAAGGUGAUAUUUUACAAUAUUUAGUGGAUACCCAAGGAUUGGACUUUAAUACAGCCGGCUUAGGACUUAAAAAUAAAACAUCUUCUACUUCGUCACCGGAAAUCGAUUGCGCACUCGUGGAUGAAAUUCUUGAUUCCGAAUCUGCUUUAAAAAGUCCCCUAUUUGCCAAGCCUCCCCUGCCACCAACGGUGGUCAUUGAUGGUUCCAACUCCAAUAAUUCAUCUACGCCCAAUAAUCAUGCCAACAUUACUAUUAAUAUAUCUCAAUCUGAAGGAAUGCUGGAAGAAGGUCGCGUCGUUACGGUUCGCGAUUUGUUGAAAGGAUUGUAUGAGAAGGCCUGCCAGCAAAAGCUCUGGGGCCUUGUACGUCACACGGCCGGUAUGUUGGGCAAACGAGUUGAAGAUCUGGCCAAGGCUGUUACCGAUUUGUUGGUGCGACAAAAACAGGUUACCGUUGGUAUGCCGCCAAAUAAUGAGUACACCAUUACGGCGCCAUUGCCCGAGGCGGAUCUAAGGCAAUUGAUACAUGAUGCUUAUGGCGAUGACGAAAGUACGUCUAUGUUAACCCAGGAGUUGAUGGUCUACCUUGCCAUGUUUAUUCGCACGGAACCACAACUUUUCCACGAAAUGUUACGUCUGCGUGUCGGCUUAAUUAUUCAAGUUAUGGCCAAGGAAUUGUCUCGUACCCUAAACUGUGAUGGCGAAGCUGCUUCGGAACAUUUGUUGAAUUUAUCACCCUUUGAAAUGAAGAAUUUAUUGUAUCACAUUUUAAGUGGCAAGGAGUUUGCCGUCAGCAGUGUUGCUCGCGGUAAUCUCUCCAUUGUUAGCUGCAAAUCGAGUCGCGUUAGCAAAAAAUCACAAAUUGGUUUGGGUGAUCCCGAAGGUGAGGAUGCCAUAAUUGCCACCAUUGAUGAUCGACAAGGACAAUGGUUGAGACGACGACGUUUAGAUGGCGCUUUAAAUCGUGUACCACGUGAUUUCUAUUCACGUGUCUGGAGUGUACUGGAAAAAUGCCAAGGCUUAGCCAUUGAAGGACGUAUUCUGCAACAAAGUUUGACACAAGAAAUGACUCCGGGCGAGUUGAAAUUUGCUCUAGAAGUUGAAACGGCAUUAAAUCAAAUACCCCAACCGGAAUAUCGUCAGCUGGUGGUAGAGGCUCUAAUGGUCUUGACACUGGUCACCGAACAUAAUAUGGUGCCUAAUUUGGGUGGUAUUAUCUAUGUGGAACAUUUGGUUCACAAAGCCAAUCAAUUGUUUUUGGAGGAUCAACGCAAGGUGCAGGGCGAUGCAACUUUGUGCUGUGCCAAAUCCAAGGAUGGCAAUCAACAGCAUCAGGCUGCAUCGGGUAUGUUGUUGUGCGGUGGUGCUGCAUAUAUUUGUCAACAUUUGUAUGAUAGUGCUCCCAGCGGUAGUUAUGGUACCAUGACCUAUAUGGCCCGGGCCGUGGCUUUGGUCUUGGAUUGUGUUCCUAAACAUGGCGAAAUGGAAUGCGCCAUUUGCUAAUCCCCCACAUACGUUUGCUUCAUGAAGAAUAUUGUUGUCGAAAUUAAAUUAUUUUCUCUAGUUUUAGUUUUG